CCGGCGCACGGUCGAUACCUGCCGCGCGCAACGCACGGCCAUGCUGCACGACUCGUGCACGUGCAAGCGGCUUCGUGCUGCCAUCUGAGUGCUAGUGGUCGCGUCCUGGCGUGUUGUGCUUCGGUCUGUACAUGUGCAACUUUGCAGUGCUAAGGUUUACAAUAAUGCAGCGGACAAAUGGAUUCUAACACAGAUUCUAGCUUAGGCGAGUCGACAGCCGAUUCAUGUCUUGCGCUGCAUCCACACGCUAUGCUAAUCAAAAGACGUGAGCGCGGGGGCGAGCGGCGGCGGUGCGCGGGCGCGGUGUCGCGCGGCAUGCGGCCCCGCCCGCUGCUGCUGCUGUUGCUGCUGGCGUUGCUGCGCGCGCACGGCCUGCUCGCCACGUCCGGAGAAGAUUACACAGUGGACGAUUCGUUCUGGAAUGAAGAAAACCCAAUUGAAGAAGUGGAGCGGCUAUUGCGCGAAUACACCCAGAAUCAAGAGUUGGUCCGGAACAUUGGUGCCCACUACUACCAGAUCAUCUACCCGGUGCAGCUGCGGCACCACGAGAAGAUGGGCAUCUCGACGCGGGAGGUGAAUACGCCGAAGCAGGGUCGCUACGGACAGGAAUAUCAAGGAGUCAGCCGACCACGCUCAAGAACCGGCAAGCACUACCAUCGCACAUCGCUCCUCAUCAAAGCCUUCAACCAUAAAUUCAGAUUGGAUCUAGAGCUCAACACGCAACUGCUUGCACCGAAUCUACGGCAAACUAUCUAUCUUCCAAAUGGUGCUGAAAGUGAAAUCAGAACGGAGAUCGAGCACUGCUACUACCACGGCACGGUGAAGGACUACCCGGGCGCGUCCGCCGCGUUCCACACGUGCAACGGCGUGUCCGGGGUUAUCCACAUCGGGAACGAGACCUUCGUGAUACACCCCUUCUACGGCGGCGAUCUCUCGAAGCACCCCCAUGUCAUAUUUGAGGCGCGAACGAAAAUGAACAGAGGCUGCGGGAACAAACUAGAGUACAGGCAAAAGGCGCACCGGUCGAAGAACUUCGCGUAUGUGGAGGCGCCCCUUAGCGAGGAACAUAGCAUGAUGCACGCAGACAUUCUCUCCUGGCAAGAGUGGUACGGCGGCGGGCUUCGGAUGCGUGAGCGGCGGGACGUCCGGGAGACCACCAAGUACAUAGAAACAGCUCUGGUGAUCGACAAGUACAUGUUCGAUAAGAGGAACGGCAGUACAAGGGCAGAGGUCGUACACGACGCGAUACAAGUUGCUAAUAUUGCUGAUCUGUACUUUCGCACGCUAAACACCCGCGUGUCUGUGGUGUACAUCGAGUCGUGGCAGAGCGCGGACCAGGCGGACCUGGACAGGAAGUAUGACAUCACACGCGCGAUACAAAAGUUCAGUGACUAUACCGCUAGGAAGUUGUAUAAGAUCGAGAAGGACACUACGCAACUGUUGUCAGGCCAAAUGUUCCCGGGCGGCGAGUCGGGUAUAUCAGUCCCGGAUACGAUGUGCACGCCCAAGUCAGUUGGUAUCUCAGUGGACUACAAUACGUACGAACCUCACAUCCUCGCUGCUACUAUGGCGCACAUGAUUGGACAUAAUAUCGGUAUGGGCCACGACGACGGCCGUGAACAGUGCUUCUGCCGCGACUGGCACGGCUGCAUCAUGGCGCAGUCGAUAGUUGGCCUGGAGAAUGUACAACCGUACAAAUUCAGCGAUUGUUCGAAAAAUGACUAUAUUAAUGAGCUCAGGAUUGGACAAGGGCUGUGUCUGCUGAAUAAACCUAAUGAGCUGGUAGUCCACCGUCAAUGCGGCAACGGCCGGCUCGACGAGGGCGAGGAGUGCGACUGCGGCACGAUCGCCGAGUGCCAGAACCUGAACCCGUGCUGCGACCCGUUUACGUGCCGCCUCACCAAGGAGGCGCAGUGCGCGGCCGGUGACUGCUGCGAUCGAUGCCAGCUAAAACCGCGUGGCGUUGUCUGCCGGGAUUCAACCAACGAGUGUGAUCUGGAAGAAACUUGCACUGGGCUAUCUGGAGCUUGUCCAGCAGACGCAUACAAGAAGAAUGGGGAAGCUUGUGAGGGGGGCAAGGGGUAUUGCUUCGCGGGACAAUGCCCCACAUUGUCCCUGCAGUGUGAGAAGAUCUGGGGCCCGGGGACCAUUGGGGCGGAUAAAGAGUGCUUUGAACAGUUCAACUCGAAGGGUGCGGUUACUGGACAUUGUGGGAAGGACGCUAAUGGGAAUUUCAUCAAGUGUGAUAUGGAGAACGUGCGUUGCGGCUCGCUGCAGUGCCAGCUCGGCAACCGGUACCCGAUCGUGCCCGGUAUGGACGAGUACUACACACGGACUGUGAUUACUAUCAAGGGCAAUGAGUAUGAUUGCAAGGCAACAACGGGUCUCCCAGAGCACGCGGAAGUUGGCCCAUUGGGUCUAGUGCGGGACGGCACGCCGUGCGGCGACAACCUCGUGUGCGUCAACCAGACCUGCACGUCCAUCUUCCCAUACAUCGACCACACUAAGUGCCCCACGGACCAUAAUAACCACGAGUGUUCGGCGAGAGGGCUAUGUUCGAACAUGAACAAGUGCGUGUGCAACCGCGGCUGGACGGGCCCGGACUGUUCGCAGCCGGACGCGCUGCCGCCGCUGCCCACCGCCUACGUGCCCGAGAACGCGACCAAAGCGGCCUAUAACAUGACCAAGAAGGAAACGCCGUAUGAGAACUACCACGGCUCAAACACGGUAUUCCUCGUGGCGGUCCUCAUGUCUGUGGUAGGGGGGGUAUUCAUAGUAUUUGCCCUGAGCGCUCUCUGCUACAGGUCAGUCGUAGUACACAAAAACUUCUCCCUGUGCCUAAGGAAAAAGAGUACGCUGCCGAAAUACGACCCUCCGUACGUGAAGAAACCCAUCGCCAAGAGCUUCGCCGGCGGAUCGACCACCUCCAACAACUCGCAAGAGGACAUCUCCAUGGAAGCUGGCAAGAUUCACUCCUUCAACAACACCUUCAGCCGUGGAGACUCGCAGCGUGUAAUCUUCAGACAGGGCAAUCACAUGUCUGGCGCUGGCACCGCUAGCAGAUAUCCGGAUCAUAAGCAAAUGAAGCGAGUUCAUUCUGGGAGUGAAGAUGAGCCAACGCAUUCAGGCGAAGAAGACAUAGCGUUUAUAGACGUGACACCGGGCACGAUGUCGAAGUUACCAGAAAAGGGAAUUCUAAAGAAGCACGGUUACGGCGCGGUGGAUGGCAAGGACAAGUGGGGAGAUGACUCACAGUCCGAGCACUUGGAAGCUGGGUCACAGUCUGAUGGACAGGAGCCAGCUGGUGCGGUCGCGGAUAUGGAGUAUAAGUUUAAGGAUCUAAACGGCUACCACGAGAACAUAAUAGAAGCGUUAAAAACCGCGGCUGCACAGCGAGCGACAGCGGGCGGGUCGGUGUCGGCGGGCUCGGGCGACCUGCGCGCGCUGCAGGACUACGAGUACAAGCGCGAGCGGCCCGCCAGCGCCGACAAGCCGCACGACGAGCUGCGCCGAGCGAGGCCCGACGAGGACGAAGAGGACCAGCGGCCGUGCGGGCCGUACCGCAUCCGCAACCUCGAGGACCUGAUCCGUCAGCUCGAGCACCACUCCAGCCGGCACAUGAGCCCGUCCGGCUCUGAGGAUAUCCGCAUGUCGGAGACGGAAGCCGAUAGACAUUACAGGAUCGAGGAUGUGCCACCGCGGUCGGCCGACAGCCGCUGCCGCGGGCGGCUCCCCCCCGGCGAGGAGGAGUCGCGCUUCGGCUACCGAAGCUUCCGCGGCAGCGGGCGGCACCACGCGCCGCUGCUGGCGCCCGCGCUGCUGCCGCACGCGCCGCACGUGCCGCACGCGCCGCACGGCCACGCGCCGCACGCCGCGCACGCGCCGCACGCGCACGCGCCGCACGCCGCACACGCGCCGCACGCGCACCGCGUGCCCGACGACGACGCGCUCUACGAGACGGCCGACACCGAGCGCCUGCGCGACGCGCCCGAUAGCGAGAGUGAUGAAUUUAUUCAAGCUCAACAACAGUUAGCCCGGUGGGCGAGUGAAGAGGCGGUCCCGGUGCGCGAGUACUACCCCUCGCCCGUGGGCAGCUCCGCCAGCGACCGGCCCGCCGCCUUCCCGGAGUACACGCACUGACCCCUCCCGCUCCCCCCCUCCGCACGACUAGCGUAGGACGCACGUAGUGACGCGCAUACGAUACGUAUAAUCGUUAGACUCGUCGAUUGUAAAUAUGUCAUAAAGUGCACAUUAUGAUAUGACUGAGGUAGUUAGCGCGGCGCCGGCGCGAGCUGCGCGCGAGACCCGGAACGCUUUAUAGAGCGCGGCUCGCGGCGGCGCCUGUGCUGUGCCCGCGCGGGCCGAGCUGUGCCCGCGUGGUGCGAGCUGAGGCCGCGCGGGGCGAGCUGUGCCCGCGCGGGGCGAGCUGUGCCCGCGCGGGGCGAGCUGUGCCCGCGCGGGGCGAACUGUGCCGAGCCCGCGUCCCGCUCCGCCGACGACGAUCUCGACUAUCCGCUACUUAGAUAGGCGUUAACAAAUUACAUUAAUCUAUUCAAGCGAAGCUUUAAUGUGAACGAGUUAGUUCGGAUGUGUCGUUGUGGAACGAGCUCGGCGGCGUGUAGAUCUGUGAAUUUGUCCGCUGUCGGUCGUAUCGUGUUCAGUUACCGUGUGGUUGCCGACGAGACGUCGGCCGAUGAAGGCGGGCCCCCGUCCCCGGAGAGUCGAAUAAAUCGCAAUCAUACUAUAUCACCUCUCCGACAAACAGCCCGACUUCGCGAUACGUCACUGAGGGAUGAAACAGUUGACACCGAUGUAUUUCGAUUGACCGUUUUGUUUCGAGUUACAUUUUUCGAUGACGUUAACGUCGCUCUAGUUUAAACUAGUUUGAAAUUCAGAGAUCUCGAAACACCAUGCACUAUAAAAUUUUGUAUCUAGUAUCUAUGCGUACACAUGUUCUAAAUAGGUUACGUUAAUGUGAAUAAAAGUUAUUUCGGAUUUUAUCAGAACGUAUAUUGUACAUGUAUGUAUAUGUAUUAUAAUUGUAUUAAAUUUAACACGAAUUUAACCGAACUUAUCGAACGAUGUUAAAGUGUCACUCCUGACGAUGCGGCGAAGCUCCGUGCGUUUUUUUUUUUUAAUUUAGUGAUGCGAAAUAGAGUAGUUUAGGAAUAAAGCAUAAAUCAAAUAAUACCAAAGAAAUUAUAGUUCGAUUGUAGUCUAUGGUGUCAAAUGAGUCGCGUCGCAUCGUGAGCGGUGGCGCUAAGUGUUAUCGUUUUUCUGUUUUAAUUUAUUGUGACAAUUUUAGGACGUUAUCGUUUCAUUCGCGUUUACGCUAGGUUAGGUGGCGAUGCCACGUUGUAACUAGUAGAUAAAUUAAAAUUAAAAUCAAUAAAUAGACAACAACAGUUCGGUUAUCUCCAGUAUGGAUGGGAAUGUGUUAACGGGUGUGUAGCUGUUUUGCUUCCGUUCAUAGAUUUAAGGUAUACAUUUAUAAAUUGUCCUAGAAUCUUAUUAUCUAGUGCACUGUUCAUGUUCCGUAUGUGAUCAAAAGUAGAGUUUAGAUCAUCGUGUCGUGCGCCAUCGAAAGCGCAACAUUAAUUGCAGCGUUGAAAUGUCUUAGAAAAAUGAGUGUGAAAGUAAAUUUGAUGUAACAUCUAAACAUUUCGCUGCGACUCAAGUGAGAGAUCCCACACAUCAAUCGCAGUCGCAAAACAGCUACACCGUCGUACUUCGUUAAAUAUACAAACGACGUUCGGCCUGACGGUCUCGUUUUAAGUAAUUAAUCUUAUAGAUAAUGGUUAUAAUGUAUAAGUCAUAGUAAAAUAUUAAAGUACAGGGUAGUCAUAAAUGCAAUACUCUGUGACUGGGUGCGGCGCUCGCUCCGGCGCGAGACUGACGGGGGAUACUAGACCACUUUAUUAUUUGCAGAGUUAAACGGGGAUGGUUAUCGAUGUUACGUCGAGCGGAACGGUAACAAAUAAACGGGUUAAUAACGAUCGUCGGUUGUGGGGACAGUUUGUAGUUGUUACUUUGGAGUGUAGCGCAAGGCUGUAGUAUCCCGGUCAGUACAGCGCCGCGCGGUGCGGUGGGCGGGGCGCGCGCGUCCAGUUGGCGUCGCGUGCGCGAGUCGUGGAAACAAUCGCGCGUGCGGUCGAGACCUGCGACAUGUGUGCAUUGUAUGGGUACGGGAGUUUUUUACGAAGUUAAGUACCGAGAACACUUCUUAUUAUAGAAUCUGUUGGUAUGCCUUAACUCCACAACACUGCCAGUGACAGUGAGGUUAUAGAUAAGUAUCGAUUAAUUAUUUGUAGACGAAAAAUAAGAAUAACUUCGGUGAGAUGCUCAAUUGCCCGCGUCUUGUUAUUGUGAGAAUCGAUUUUCGGUUAUGAACCACUGUUGUUUUAAAUGUACGUUGUUUUUUCGUUGAUGUUCGAUAAAUUGAAACGUGUAUUGUAAGUUAACAUUGGCCAAACAGGUACCUACCCACGUUGACAGCAAAGUUAACGUUAUGAAUUAAAUCGAUUUAAAUACAAAAACGCAUGAUUCACAUUCAACAAGAGAAUUAUUAAGCCAUUGUGUAGAUUAGAUGUAUCGUGAUUGCGUUUAUUGAAUUCGCGACACUUGGAAUUGAUUUUGUAAAUGCGCCUGAACUGCAACAAUAGACAUAAGACGUGAAAUUGGAAUGUAAGCUGUCGAUAAAUUGUAUAAUGUAUGUAUGGUGUUGUUUUGUAUAAAAUAAUAUUAUGAUGUAUUGGCAAAAAUAACGUUCAUUCUUUGCAAAUCAAAAUGUUUAAUUAAGAAGUAGUAAAGAAUUAAAUAUCCGUUGUUUUUGAUGUGCAAAAUGAGACACGUUUUUGCCAAUCACGUGAAAGCAGUGAAUUGUAACGGUUUAAUUUUAUCAGCGGUUAAUUGUGAACCUACGGUUUUGUAUACAAAUGCAUAUAUUUAUAUUGUAAAAGACGAGUCAAUGUGUCAAAUCGACCGCACUCGCGUGUCGCGCGGGCCUAAUACGUCAAUUUGCGGACGCCAAAGACCGCCAUUGCUCACGGUAGUGCUCUGAACUAUUGCGAAUUAGCGUAAUGCUUCAUUUCGAUCGAUAUACAUCUGGUUACAGUACGUAUGGUUUAGAGUACGUAGCAUUUUACACUCGAAUGGCAAAAAAAUGUGAACACAACACGACAGCUUAUAAAGAAAAGGGAUCUUGUUAUGCAAUUGGAGGGAAUAACUAGAGAAUUAAAUGUAGGUCUUAUGAUGUUAUUAUAAACCCGUUAAACCAUAUAGUGAAGAUCGAAUAAUAUUAUAACGGUCAAUACUAAGCGGAUAAAUCUUUUUCAACCGCAUUAGUCGAAAACAAAUUAUGAAUUAGCGACAUCUAGUGAUUACAACUAGAAAAUCGCACAUUAUUGUCCAGCGCGCAAUAAUUUUGGUUGUGGUUCAGUUUUAAAUACGUGUACGUGUAGUGAGAUUAUUUAUAGACGAUUUCGCUCAAUAGAAGUAUUUUACAUUAAGGAUAAAGUUUAUUUAAGUGCCGUAUUAGGUAAAACAUUGAUCAGUUAAUGGUGCACCUGAUAUAUUUUUCAGUAGAUUAGGAAAAUCCGAUACGCUAUAAUAUACAUUACAAUUUACAUAAUACACUGCAAUAAAGGAAUCGGGAUUUUUUUUACAUGCUGCAAUAAUAGAUUUAAUGUGAAAGUAAUCUCAAGUUGUAAUGAAUCUUAUGCCUUACAAUUUAAAUGUAUUUGUUGUUAGAUAACAUACGGAUAAAAGUUGUAAUAAAUAUUUCAUUCUUAUCUCAAGUUAUUAUUAUUUUACGAAUAUAUAAGUUAUAAAGCAUUACGUUAAUUCGCAAAUACACAUCACUACUGAAUAAACUAAAUCAUAAUGUGAAAAUUAUUAAUAAGUGAUAUUAUGUAUUAUAAAAAUACGAAUUUUAAACGAAAAACGUUGAAACGUUAUAAUUUUCCGUUUUAUUUUGUCCUUGUAAAUAUAUUUGCUAUAUUAUUUACUAAAUGAAUGUAACAUAUUAUUAACAACCAAAAUAGAUGAAUACAAAUUUU